AUGCCGCCGAUGCCUGCAGCAAUGCUUCCACCUGGACUUCAGGAGGAAGAACCCUUCGCAGCCUUGAUCUUCCCUGGCUUCGACUCUUCCGCCUUCAUUUGGCAGAUCACCUGCUGGCAGGCUGAAGGGACCCCUGGAGCAACCAAGCCUAGGCGGCACAUGAUCAUGGCUGGGUUGAUUGGGUGA